AUUCAUGUCAUAAUCUAGACAGUGUGUCAGCAAUAACAGUUUGCUUUGAUGAACAACAUUCAAUUGCACAUUCAUGCUGUGAUAAUAAAACUGCCCAUCUUUGCAUCCUGGAAUUGCCAAAUACUGAUUUGUGAUCUGUAAAAGAGGAUCAUCCCAGUAGUAACUGAAUAGAAUUUCUUCAUAAAGAAGAUAAAUGCUCAUGCUUCCUUCUCAAGUUCCACAGAGUUACGUAUGUUUUUGUUAAAAGUAUGAAAAUCAACUGCCUGAGGCUCUUGCCCAUCAAAGUACUGAGCCAACACCAUAACUUGAAACAUCACGUGAUAGCUCCAAGGUCUAUCAUAGUGAUUCAGCAGAAAUUCACAACUCAAAUUCUAAGCACAUUUAAAGAUCAGCAGUGAUCUCACUGAAUGGUGGAAUAUAGAAGGAACAAAUGGCCUACACAUAAUUAAAUGUUCAAACACUAAGAUUCUUAGCAAUUAUACAUUGAAUUAUGAUGACACUAUUUAUGAUCCAGUAGCCCCAAUUAGAAAGUCCUGUAAAUGUUCUCCAUACACAUUGCAAAAAGCCAUAACAUUUUGUUUUACAUGAUACUGUUUCUCACAUUUCCUAACACCAAAUUUCACGAUACAUGUCAGUGAUAAUAAACCUGAUUCUGAACACAAAAGAGGACCAUUCAAGUCCACGCCAGCUGUCAUUGCAAUUCCAUUCCCCUACUGCCCUGCAACAUACUCCCUCUCGCAUGCCCAUCAACUCCACUCUGAAUUAAUUACCAGUCACCUACAGCAGGAGUAAUUUACAGUGGGCAAUUAAUUUAUCAACCAUGAUUUUGUUUCUAAUAAUCCUAAACGUGUCGGUAUGGCUGCCAAUUUUUAAAGAGAUAAAUUGUUCUUAUGUUCUUACUGUAAUCAUUCAUUUGCUCCAAUUUCCGUAAAAGUGAUUACUGCUAAGGCUUCCAAAGCUUGCAAAUACAAAAGGGAGAGUAUGUUAGAUGGAUUCAUUUUAUAUCAGCUCAGGCCAUGUGAUGUCCGGCGUGCCCGGGCUGACGGUGCCAGCUGACAGCGCUGAGCCCCGCUUGCGCUCUGCAGUGGGAAGCACGCGUCACGGUGCCGGGCCCGGCGCUCAGUCGCACGGAGCCGGAGCGCACAGCGGACGCCGCCGCCAAAUUGGAGAGAAGCUGAGCCCGCUCGCAGAAGAUGGCGCCGUCGCGGUCCCGCACCCUGAGAAGGUGCCAGCGAGUCUUGUACUGGGUGCCCGUCCUCUUCAUUGGGCUCAUCGCCUGCUGGUCCUACUACGCCUAUGUCAUCCAGCUGUGUGUGGUAUCGAUGAAAAAUAUUGGAGAAAAAGUUGUCUGUCUGGUAUUUUACCAUCUGCUUUUCAUCAUGUUUGUUUGGUCAUACUGGAAAACCAUCUUUACAAAGCCAAUGAAUCCAACUAAAGAGUUCCACCUUUCAUACACAGACCGGGAACAAAUAGAACGUGGGGAUCGGGGUGAAGGUCAGCAGGAAGUCCUCAGACGAAUGGCCAAGGAAUUGCCCAUCUACACAAGGACCUUAUCUGGAGCAAUUCGAUACUGCGACAGAUGUCAACUUGUGAAGCCAGAUCGCUGUCACCACUGCUCAGUCUGUGACAAGUGCAUUUUGAAGAUGGAUCAUCAUUGUCCCUGGGUGAACAAUUGCGUUGGUUUCUCCAACUACAAGUUUUUCUUCCUUUUCUUGGCUUACUCACUGCUUUAUUGUAUAUUUAUCGCGGCUACCGAUCUGCAGUACUUUAUCAAGUUUUGGAUGGAUGGAAUUCUAAUUAAGCGCCUGAAGGAAUAUUGGAAUGGCCUACCAGAUACCCAAGCUAAGUUCCACAUCAUGUUCCUGUUCUUUGCAGCUGCAAUGUUUUCCAUCAGCCUGUCCUCUCUGUUUGGCUACCAUUGCUGGUUAGUCAGUAAAAACAGAUCUACAUUAGAGGCCUUCAGAGCACCUGUAUUUCGACACGGACCAGACAAGAAUGGGUUUAGCUUGGGCUGCAGCAAAAAUAUGAAGCAGGUAUUUGGAGAUGAGAAGAAGUACUGGUUGCUGCCUGUCUUUACAAGUUUAGGUGAUGGCUGUUCCUUCCCAACAUGUUUAGUGAAUCAGGACCCAGAGCAACCCUCCACUCCAUCUGGGCACAACUCAACUACUAAAAGCAUCACUGAAGGCCAUCCAUUUCCUGCCAAACCUUUACGAGAGUCCCAGAACCACCUAUUGGGUAGCAGCCAGACAUGGUCAGAAGGAACUUCUGAUGAUGAGAAAGGCAAGCAUGGUAUGAGCAAUCCUGUCAUGGUCAUGGAAAAUGAGACCUAGCUGUGCCUCAAGCACACUUUAACAACUGGCAGUUCUCUAGGUGCAGCUGCUUAUGGAGGAAAUCUAGGAAGAAAUGUUUUCCAAGAUCCCAACCUUCACCUGCCCACCAUCCCUGUUUGAUGUCUGUGCUUCUGUGGGAUGUCCAAAGGAAAUAUUCCUAUGACUGACUGGUUUUCCUAUUAUCACAGCUUAACACACAACUUAUUGGUUCAGCCACCCUUAAAUGUAUGAUGGGGGAAUAUAAUUCUAUUCUGAAUGCAUUUGCUUAACAAAACACGCUAAAUCUUAAUAGCAGCUUGGCAUUGCAGCAACUAUGAGAUUAUUGAGGAAAACACAGUCUCUUGCCCUUUGAAACAGUGCUAAUGUAAUUCUGGUUUGAUUACUGCUCAUGCCAAUAGUAUGGCCUUGAUUUCCAUAUCAAAUCAUAUGAUAUGUGCAAGGGCUGACUCAUCCUUUGGCAGCAGUACAUGUGAUAACAUUUUAUGUUAAAUUGGAAUGUCCUGUUUCCUUUAACAGACAGUGUUAAGGAUUUCAUAGGAAGUAUAGACUUUUAUCAAAAUCUUAGGGGGAGUCAUGCAAAGCAAAAAUGGAUGACAUAUCAUGAAAAUGCCUUUCAUUAAUGCACGUGGGCCUCAUUUUGAAUUUUUUUACAAAGAUAUUGGGUCAGAAAACUAUAUAACAUUGGUCCCAGAACAUUUUACUAUCUUGCUGAAAGCAACUUACGGGAGAUGUGGGUUAUCUGGCUAAGAAAGUGCUGAAGGAAUAUAUCUUAAAUGGUAUUUUAGACCUGCAGUAUUCUAUAUUGUGUUCUGUUUCUAAUGAUAAAUUCUGCAUGCCCUAACUGUGGCAUUCACCCCUUUUAACUAUUUAUUUAGUAAACACAAGAAAUGACCUUGUGGCCAGUUUUUGGCGCACAGUUCUCCCUUACAAAUGUUGAGACAGCAUGACAAUUUCAUUGUGUGUAUUGUUAUAAAAUGGAAUGGUGUGAAUAGUGUACCAAAUAGAGUUUCACAAGAUGUACACAUCAUAAUAGAUAACAAAGUGCCAUGACCACAAUCAAUACAAAGGGAUGUAAAGUACAGAAAAUGCUUUGGUGAAGAGUGAUGAGAAAAAGCACAUAAUGGCCCCCUCGCAGUGCCUUCAUUGAAAGUUGGUCCCGUUGUUGUAAUCUAUUUGAAACUAUUUAUCGACCUUUUUUGAACCAAACUUUAGUAUGGUUUAAGCUGGUGAAAUUAAACCUUUUUAGUUCUGUAAUCAAGUCGUACAGAAAAAUAUAUCCUAACAGCUGGAGUGAGUUAGUUUUCCCUAUGCAAUGAAAAGUGAAGAAAACUUAAGUAACAUUGGUUAUUAUGUACAUUUAAUUGAAGGUUGUUCUGGCAGCUGCUUUUAAACACGAGUAAAUCCUCUUGUACUGUUUAAUAAAUAAUGAAUAUUUAAUUAGUCAGCAAUCUUACUGCAAAACAUAUUGGAUAAUAAUAGGAACAAUUUUGAGGCUGCAAACUUUCAGAGUUGCAACUUUUCAAAAAUAAGAUUAAUAUCUCAAUGGGAAAAGUGGUGUUGAUACACCAUCCCUAGAACAAUAGCAGUUAGCCGACUCAGUUUUCUAGUUGUGAUUUAUACCAAAAAACAUAGUUAUUUCUGUGGAAUAUGUUUUGGGGUAUUUUGAUUAAAUUACUGGCACUAACACUUUAAAAUAAAUGGGGGUAGAAGAAUGGCAUUUCCAUUAAAAAGGCCAGUGGCUUAAAUGAUAUAAAACAAAAGCAAACUAGUAGAUUUUGGAAAUCGGAAAUAAAAACAGAAAAUGCUGGAAUACUCUGCUGGUCAGAUAGCAUUUGUUCUGCUGCUGUUCUGAUGAAAGAUCAAAACCUGACCACUUUUAAUAAUGUAUUGUGCAUUUAUCAGGCAGUCUUUUUUUAAAAAGUCAAACUAAUUCUUCCUUCAACAUUUGGUAUGUCAGUCUUGUUAUAUUCUUUGGAAACUUACGCAGUGGAGGAAUAUACAAAUCCAGAGAAAAACCAGUAACAAUAGCCACAUGACACAAGAAUAGAAUCAAGGUGAAACAAAGUAACCGGAAUCCUAGCAUUAAACAAAGCUGAGGAAAAUCUCUGUUCCAAAAGGUUUGCAUGCAUUUUGCUAUCAAAAUUUUGCUUGAUCAUCUAAAUCUACAUCACACAGCUUAUGGCAGUGAAGUUUUGCAUGGUACAACCUUAAUAUAUGAUUUAAUCUUUCUUUAUGCCAUUCUCCCUUAUUACCAGAAAGUUGAUGACUCAAUAAUUCUAAUGAAGUCUCCCUUAAUGAUUAUAAUUAUGAGGAGAUUUAAAACCUCUAGACUUUUAGGUUAUAAUGUUUAAAUUUUAAUUUCCCAUUCCUGUCUUCGGUUCAUUAAAGUAGUCGUUCACAUCACCAUUCAUCUACAUCACUUCUAAAUAUUUUUAAAUUUUAUUUACAGCGUGGUAACAGGCCCUUCCAGCCCAAUGAGUCCGCGCCGCCCAUUUUAAGCCCCCAUGUUAACCUACCCGUAUGUCUUUGGAAUGUGGGAGGAAACCGGAGCACCCGGAGGAAACCCACGCAGACGCGGGAGAACGUACAAGCUCCUUACAGACAGCGACGGGAAUCGAACCCCGAUUGCUGGUGCUGUAAUAGUGUCGCGCUAACCACUACGCUAUCAUGCCGCCCAAAGAAUUGGCUCUAAAAUAUAUUAGUAUCUAAUUUUGGGUACAUUCCCUGCAUUUCAUAGUGAAUGAGCAAUAAUGGACCUCAGGCCUCAUUAACAUUUUGUGGGGAGGAGCCUGCCAGGAAUGAGUGAACCAAGAUAGGGCCCCCUCUUGCAUCAUAGUGGCUCCCAUGCAAGUGAAGUGGAUGCUGGCAGAUUGAAACUGAGGACAGGCAAAGAAUUAGAGGCUGGGUGGGUGGAAUCGUAUGUAGAGAUUGGGGUUACUAAGUGAAAUUUAUCAUCCGGGGUGGAGGAUUAAUUUUCACUUGUGAUGGAAGAAAUCUGGCCACAUAUUGUUUACAUCCUGCCAAGGAAAGCACUUGCCUUGUCAGAUCCACAAUCAGAUGACUAAAAAGAACCCUUCCACCUUGUUGUGCUCUGCAAGUUCAGAACAUGGUGAGUAAAGUGCCAAUGUAUUAAAAAUAAAUGGAGAACAUAUCCUGUAAAAAGUAUCAAGCACUUCGAGCUAGAAGUGUGUACUUGCCUCCUUUCCAUUAUAUUUGGUGCUUAAUUCCACAGUUUCUAAAUGGAAUGCCAUUCAUAUUGUAAGAAUAUAUAAUAUUUUGGAACCUUUCAAUCUCUUGGGGAAUGAUUACAGUUGCUUAAAUAAGUACCAGUAUUCAAAUGAUCUGCUUUGAAGUAAUGUCUGUUUUUUAUUGAGCAUUCCAAAGUAUUUAUGUAUACUUAGUCACAGCUGUACUGUAGAAAACCAUGGCAAUCAUUUUGUGCACAGCCAUGUCCCAUAAACAGCAAUGGGAUAAUGACUAGGUAAUACAUUUAGAGGAUGUGAAUUUGAGGGAUAAGUAUUGCCUGGGACACAAGGAGAAAUUGUGUGCAUUUCUUAGAGCUAUUGGAUCACAUUUGCCCACUAGAAGUCCCAUUUUAACCUCAUUUGAAAGACAGCAGUUGUAAGUAAUCAAUCACAUUCUCACUAUUAUAAUGGGUGGGUCAACCAAGGCAAGACAGAGAUACUUGGAUCCAAGGGCAGGAGAUAUUCAACUAAGUGUGAACUGUUGCUGCUCUAGAGAUUUAUAUUCUUAAUCUUCUAUUAACCAUCAUUGACAGAGCAAUUAAGUUUUAGAGAAAUAUUGCUUUAGUAAGAACCCAUGAAAAGAUAAAAGAGAAAGAAUCCAAACAGCCACUUAUCACCCCACAAUUUUGCAUUUGGGUGAUGAUUUUCAGGUUGAGAUUUCUCAAUCCAUUUUCCAAAAGCAGCAAUGAAGUGUCUUCAACAUGCAAAUCAAAAUCCUAAUGCCUAUUUUCACACUGUGCUCCAAAUUAUUCAUGAACUGUACGCAAGUCCGUAGUGACAUAACUAGUAAAAGGAAUAGAUGAAGUUUCCCAGAAAAUAAGGCAAGGAAUUUUGGAUUUUUGUUUCCAUUGAACCAAAAAUAAGUGUUUUAUCACUGGUCCAGACUCUAACUUUGCUGUUCACAUCCUCUAUUCCCAGUAACUUAUCUGCAGGUAAGAUCAGUAUCAAAAAUAGGUGAGUGGCCCUAACUGAUGAGCUGUAAUGGAGCCAUCUAUUUGCCAGUUUCUGUAAACAAUAAAUGUGACUACCAGACAUGGUACCUACUUUGCAUCUGUUCAUGGUCUGCAUGAAUGCUUACCUUAAUUACUGUAGAGGUGCACUAUCCUAAACGCUCCAUGACAUAGAAAAAUCUAAGACUAGGACAGAUGAUUCAUCAAUUUUCCAGUUUAUAUACAGCCAGGUCCUACAUAGAGCAAUGUGAAAAGAACCAGAAAAUCCCUAGUUUUAUUUUAGUGAUGUUGAUUCAGGGAGAAAUAUUGGCCAAGAUACAAAGAAAAACUCCACUACCAUGGCUUAGUGCCAUAAGAUGUUUUAUAACUGCCUGAGUGCUCAGUUUAAUAUCCCAUUCAAAGACCAUGUCCGCUGGUACAGUAAUCUGUCACUGCAUUGACGUGACCAAGUCACUGGAGUAGGCCCUCUGUGUAGGUGAAAAUCUUCCUAAUGGCUGCAUUUAAGCUGGAUCACUUUAAAGGAUAAACUAAAUAAUUAGAUUGGCUUAAAUUGUUUAAAUUUGCUACUGUGCUGUGUGGCUGUUUGAUUUGUCGACCAACGAAUAUAGGUCUCUUCCUUCCAGCCAGUCAAGAAAGUGAGAGUGGGCAUAGAACUUAACAGCAGGAAGGAUAUGGUACCAAUUAACAAAAUAUUGGAAGGGCCACAGCUGGAGUCUUGUGUAUAGUUCUGGUCGGUACACUAUAGGAAUGAGUGCACUGGAGAGGGUACAAAGGAGAUUCACCAGGAUAUUUGGGAUGGAGCAAUUCAGUUUAGAGGGGAGACUGGAGAGGUUGGGUUUGUUUGCCUUUGAGCGGAGGAGGCUGAGGGAGAAACCUGAUAGAAGUGUACACAAUUCUGAGGGGCAUAGCUGGGGUAAAUAGUGGGAAACUGUUCUCCUUGGCACAGGUUUUUAAAACUAGAGGGCAUAGGUUUAGAGUUAGGGGUAAGAGAUUUAGAGGGGAUCUAAGGAAGAACAUGCUGCCUGAGUGGACAGUAGUGUUAAGUAUUGUUACAAUUAAGUAUCUAGGUGAACACUUAACUCCCUAAGGCAAGAAGGCUACAGACCAGGGCUGAUAACUUGGAUUAGUGUAGAUGGGUCCUUACUGGUCAGCAUGGAUGUGGUAGGCUGAAGGGCAAAGUUUUAUUUGCUUUGUUGUCACUGACUUCAAUUGAGACAAGGCUGACACCAAUAGUCCUUUGAAGGGCAGUGAUUAAGAAAAUAAAUCUCACGCUCUUGACUGGCUGUAAUUAGGAAGUGAACUCUAUUCAUUUAACUACAAAUCAUAAAUAACCCCACAGAACAGCGGCAUUUUAAAUGUACUCAUGAAAUUGGAGUUUAUUUCACCAAAAUAAACCAUUUUAAAAUGCAGUCAUGUUAAGAAAAUCAAAUUGCAUUAAUAGAGUCACUUACUCAUGAUUUUUUUUCAAAAAAUCAAGAUAACAACGCUACAAGGACUUGAAUUACUGGAAAUUUGAUGAGAGACAAAUAAAUAAAAGUAAUAAUUUUUCACUUUGCUUUUCUCCAUCAGCUAGAGAACACCACCACAAUCAACAUAAGACUUGAAAAAAAUCCAACUAACAUGGGGGGAGGGUGUGGAAAUCAAAAAGAUUUAGUUUUAUUUCACUAGCUUAUAAAGUUGUUGACUUAAGCUUUUAUAUUAUUGAAGUGAAACCAUUUUGUGUCAUGAGGGUCUUUUGAGCUAAGCCCAAACCAGGGCAGUUGACUAUCUGGACAAAAUCCUGGUCAUUGCGCUUGCCUUUGCCCUAUGCAAUGCUGCAUGUUUAGUAAGAACUAAAACAUUACUUCUAUAAUAGUUAAAUAGUUGAGGUGGAGGGUUUAGAGGAAGAAGGAAAAUAAUGCAACCUAAAAUUAGUUUAUGAUAGAGUAUACAAUUUUAUUGUAAAUAACUGGGAAUAAAAGGUUUGGGGAACAAAGCACAGUUAUUCCUUGCAUUUUAGGCAAGCUUUUGAAGUUGGUAGAUGGUAUUGCAAAUAUUGCAUCCAUGAAGGAUGCAUCUUUAGCCAUCAAUGAUGAGUAAACAACCAUCAAAUAGAUUGCAAUAAGCUCGUCUGUGUCACGUCACAAGAAAUUUACCAAUAGCUAAUUAAGUAAAUUUCAUUACAAUAGGCUCUGAGAUUUUUACUUCGUAAAUAGAAUGAGAAGCUGGUGGGUACUUUAACCUGGCUAGGACUGAGCACCAUCUUAGUUAUCAAUUUUAAAAAUCCCACUAUGUUUGCAGGUGAUGUCUUUGUACACAGAGAACAAUAGAAAGAUUACAAAGAUUUCACUCAGGUUUCUUAUAGAACUAAUGUAUCUUAUUUUGCAAAAUGUUGCUUGCUUAGAAUAAUUAAACCAUAUCAAAUUACAUUCCCUGUUUCAUGUCAAUCAGAUAACUUUAUAUCAGUAUCUAUAUUAGCCUGUCAAAGAAUGCAAGUCAAGACAACUUAAUGGUGGUAAUGUAACAGUGAUUAUGAUACAAAAUGAUUUUCUGUGUGUAUGACUUGAGAGGCAGGUCUUUCAUAUCGUUCCCAAUGAACUAAAGGUCAAUAUUGGAACCAUGUCAAUAGAUAAUAUCACAAUGUGCAAUUUGCAUUAUUGCCCAAUGAAGUGGUACUAUUUAAAAUGCUUUGGUUUGUCCGAAAGAGUAUUUGCAAAUUUGUGAAUAUUUGUUUAAUGUUAAGAUAAUGCAGACAUUUUCACACACACAACUUUAGAUAAUAGAUUCCAAUGCAUGAAAUCAGCCAUAUUCCAACAAAAUGUUCUAGCAAAAUCAAUGGAAUACCAAUAUACAUUUAGUAAAAAUUAAAUAUUCCAACUGAUCACCACACUAUGAAAAUAUCAGUAUAAUUCCAUUGAUCCUAUCCCACAGAGCCACUGAAAUGCAAGGAAUGGCACAACUUUGCACUCUUCACUUACAAUCUCUUAUUGCUGGACCAGCCACAGUAGAAUGAGAUGCACAGCCCAAUAUUAGGAGCACUUCAGGGCUCACCAUUUAAAUACAAGGAUUGCACAAAGUGCCCAAAAGUAGAUGUAGUUUAAUUUUUGUGCCAUGUUUCCUAACUAAUGGAUGGCACAUCCUGCAGAUUUGAGGAGCAAUUAACAUUUAAAGAAAUCUAAUAUUUGUAUCCCCUGCAUUUAAACAGAAAGACUAUUAUUAAGUAAUCUGUCCACUCAUUUAAAAGUUUUGUAUGGACAAGUUAAACCACUCCUCCUAAACUCCUGCCAUCUAAUUGUUAUUCUACCUAAGAUGCAUUAUUUGGCAUUUAAUAUUUUUUUCUUUAGUACUUUAUCAGAUUUCUAUGUUGAAUUAAAUAAUUGACAUAAUUCCAAGACUAUUAAUAUACACCAUAGACAGACCACUACCUUAAUGUGAUCCUCAUACACACCAAAUAUGCUUCACUCCAAUUUUAAACUGUCAUAAUUUAAGUAGGAUAACUACUAAACUAUUUUAAUAUUUAAGCUAAUCUAUUGAUUUGUGACAGUUCCAAAUUUAUUUUGCUGAUUGUAACAAAUACAUUGUUAUGAAAUAAUUUGUUAAUAAGUGGACUGUUUUCAUGUGCAGGUGAUAUCCAGAGAUUUUUUUGGUACAAGCUAAAAUCAAAACAUCAAAAAAUAGAAAAAUCUAGAUUUUUGAACAGUAUAUCUAUUGUAUUUUUAAGUAAAUGUUAUCAAGUAAGGACUGCAAUCACAGUAAUCUGAUCUAAUGGCUACGAAACUACAAGAGAAAUCUGCAGAAGUUUGCGAAUAGGAAAAUGUCCAGAUUGGAUAUAGAUGAUAUUUGAACUCCCCUCCAUCAACUAGCAUGGUACCUAGAUAAUACUGAGACAACAAACUUGAUGUUAAAGAAUGGUGUUAUUUUUUUAAAAAACUGCAUUUUUUUCUAUAAAUCUAAUUUGUAAGAGAGCUCUCUACCGAAAGGGGAAUAAAACAGAGCAGGGAAGACAAAAUGAGCAUGUUGGCAUCCAUUAUUUUUGCCUGUUCUCUUUUUGUUUGGGGGGGGAUGCAAAAAGCUGUUAUUGUCAGGAACUUUGUAUGUAAAUGAAGUGUUGCUCUGUUUUGAUUGUUUUAUGCAAUCAGUGUAAGCUGUGGCAUUUUGUUGUUAAAAUGCACUUAAUGAAGUAUUUUGUGUAUGCACUUGUAUUAUUACAAAACAUAUUAUAGAUGGGAGUUGAUUUGCUGUCUGCCAUGCUCUGUAAUGCUGGAAACUACUCAACUAACAUAAAGUUGUAUUUGAUUUGUUUGUGACCAAAGCGGUACCUACAGUUCUUGAUUUCUGUACUUAAAAUAACUUUAACAUCCUUUAUUUUGAGCAAGCUGCGUAUUGCAUGCUUUUAACAAUAUCUUAAUAACUUAACUGGCAGAUAAGGAAUGAUAUAGACCCUUGUAACUACCACUUGCAGCAAAUAACCUUAAAGUCAUUUCAACAUGGUGCACCCUCUAAAUUCUAUCUGCUGUUGUCCAAUAAAGGCUGAAUGAAAUAUUUCAGACUGCAAACCAAAGGCUGUGAACAACCUCAGAAUCUUAGACCCACUCACUUACCUCCAUGUCCUCAACACAAGUGAGGUCAAGUUGCACUAUAGGGAAGAGAUUUAUCUUCUAUUAUGUUAACAGUAUCCAUGAUAUAUGUUAAUCAAGUAUGGUGGUGCAUGGAAUGCCUCCUUGAAGGCAUUUGUAAUAACCUAUUCAAAUGAGCAAUGAUGCCACUGAAUAAAAGUUCAGUUCAAUUUAGAUAAUCCAAAUCCCCACAUUCAACUGGCUAUUUAAUUUACUAUUGUGAAGGUCAUUGGGGGUGGGUUAAAUAUGCAUACUGCACUUCAAGGUUACAA